UGAAAAAGGUUAUUAUACCAAAUCAUCUGAUAUUUAUAGUUUUGGUAUGAUAAUGUGGGAAUUAUCUACGGAUCAAGCUCCUUUCUUUGAAUAUAGUAAUGAUAAAGCUUUAGUCGAUGAUAUACGUAAUAAUAUUCGUCCUGAAAUUGAUGAUCAACAAAUUCCUAAAUGUGUUGUUGAUUUAAUACAAAGAUGUUGGGAUUCCGAUCCGUUUAAUAGACCUUCUGCCAAAUCGAUUACAAGUAUAAUUGAUGAAUGGAUUUGGAUUUUAUCCGCUACAAAAAUUAGAUUAUCAAAUAAAUCUCUUUCACUUUCUCGUACUCCUACAUUGCUUAGAAAUAAUAAUUAUUAUAGUAAACCUUUGAGCAAAUAUUUAACCAGAAUUGAUGUCGAAAAAUCAGCUAAUGCUUCAUCAUUUUCUUCUACAGAAUCUGUUAACACUAUUACAUAUCAAUAACAAAAGGAUUAUUAUUUAUAAAUAAUAAUAAUUUUGGCUCUUGGAUGAUAUCACGAUAUCACUCAUGGCACUUAUAGCAUUUAUGGCACUUGUGGCACUUGUGGCGCUUAUGGCCUAAUUCAAAAAAAAACCUCACUUCCCUUCCAAUAUAUUAAUUUAUUACCCUUCCAAUAUAUUACUACCCUUCCAAUAUAUUACUACCCUUUUCAAUCAUAUCACCUUACAUUUUUUUAUAUACAAUAUCAAAAUUUUAUAAAAAAAAAAAAAAAAAA